UAAAAUAGAGUUGCCACCUGUCUGGAUUAGACCUGGACAAGGCCUUCCCAGUCAAGUCAGGAUCUUCCUUGAUUGACAUGGUGAGAAGCCAAUUGCUGAUCACCACAUAAUAGCCCCACCCCAUGAUGUCUCUCGUCCCACCCUCAACAUCAAUGACCCACCCUCUGACAUCAUGACUCCUCCCCCUGCCCAGAGCCUGGGCCACAGAAAGGUGCCAACCCUACCCUAAAACUGAAUUACUUAACGUGUCAAUCAUUGUUUCCUUUGUAAUCAAAUUCCAUUGUUCCUUUUCAGGUGCCAUUUAAUGGAUUUCCUAUGAAAAUCCUUAUAAAGAGGAUCAUAGAAACGAAGCCAAUCUAUCCCAAAAAUCUGGAUAAAGACACCACUCGUCUAAUACAAAAACUCUUGAGGAAAGAUCCACACAAGCGACUAGGAAGUAAACGUGAUGCAGAGGAGCUAAAGGAAAGUCCAUUCUUUAAGGAACUGGACUUUGAUGCCCUUUCUAAAAAACACAUAAGGGCCCCGAUCAUUCCCCAAGAGAAAACACCAGGAUGUUGCUGUGGUUUUUUGUGUUUUUUAUGUCAAACACAGAUUGUGUUGUCAGAACCAGAAUACAGACCAAAUUACAACCUUGUAGAAAAGGAACUGGAAAACUUCCAUCGUCCUGCACUUUUACAAGAAAUAGACUGAAUAAGACUGAGAAGACCAAAUGAGCAGGGCCAAACGAUUUCAUUACAACAAUGGCAAAGGGCACUGAUGGGACAAAGAUCAUAUCCACUAGCCAAGGUAAAAUCAAACCUGAUUGGCCGGAUAUUGAUAGUGGAGGCCCAUCUCAACACCCCAUAUGGGCAGAUAAGUUUCCAAAUCAGUCUAAAGAAAGAAAAGAUCAUAAAGGUAAAGAAAGAAAAAGAAAAGAUAGAUCAUA